GGAAAAUUUCCUUUUUUUUGAAAAACAACCUUUGUUUUUCAAUCAUUAGCCAUUGAAUUCCGGCUUUAGCGCUUCUCAUCGAUGGAACCAAUGGAGAUCGUUACGGGUAACUGCAAUGGCGGAAACAGUUUCUGCACAGUUACUGCCGCUUCUGGUGAUCCGUUGAACUGGGCCGCGUCGGUUCAGUCGAUGAAAGGUAGCCAUCUCGACGAAGUGAAGCGAAUGGUGGAGGAGUACAAGAAUCCGGUGGUUCGUCUCGGUGGCGAGACGCUAACGAUAGCUCAAGUAACGGCCAUUGCCAACCGCGACGCCGCCGUCCAGGUGGAGCUCUCGGAGGCGGCUCGACCGGCGGUCAAAGCGAGCAGUGAUUGGGUGAUGGAAGGAAUGAAAAGAGGUACGGACAGUUACGGCGUCACCACUGGCUUUGGUGCAACCUCUCAUCGCAGAACCAAACAGGGCGCUGCUCUCCAAAAGGAGCUUAUAAGGUUCUUGAAUGCCGGAGUUUUCGGCCAAGGGACCGAGUCAUGCCACACUUUGCCCCACACAGCGACGAGGGCCGCCAUGCUUGUACGGAUCAACACGCUGUUGCAAGGCUAUUCCGGCAUCAGAUUCGAGAUCCUAGAAGCUGUCACUAAGCUCCUCAACGUCAACAUCACACCAUGUGUGCCACUGAGGGGCUCAAUCAGUGCAUCAGGUGACCUGGUUCCACUCUCCUACAUAGCUGGCCUUUUGACCGGCAGGCCAAACUCUAAAGCUUUGGGACCUAAUGGUGAGACCUUGAACCCCACUGAGGCCUUUGCCAAGGCUGGAAUCAAUAGUGGGUUCUUUGAGUUGCAGCCCAAAGAGGGUCUGGCUAUGGUUAACGGAACCGCGGUCGGGUCCGGGUUAGCUUCCUUGGUCCUCUAUGAGGCUAAUGUGUUAGCUGUUCUAUCUGAAGUUAUGUCAGCCGUUUUUGCUGAAGUUAUGCAAGGGAAACCUGAGUUUACAGACCAUUUGACACAUAAACUGAAGCACCAUCCGGGACAAAUUGAGGCUGCUGCCAUUAUGGAACACAUUUUGGAUGGCAGCUCUUACAUUAAAGCAGCUCAGAAGUUGCAUGAAAUGGAUCCUCUUCAGAAACCCAAACAAGACCGAUACGCUCUUCGAACGUCUCCUCAAUGGCUCGGUCCUCAGAUUGAAACGAUCAGGUUCGCUACCAAAAUGAUCGAACGGGAGAUCAACUCUGUGAACGACAAUCCCUUGAUCGAUGUCUCGAGAGAUAAGGCAUUACAUGGAGGGAACUUCCAGGGUACCCCAAUCGGUGUAUCAAUGGACAACACUCGUUUGGCCAUUGCCGCGAUAGGCAAGCUCAUGUUCGCUCAAUUCUCGGAGCUUGUUAACGAUUACUACAACAACGGGUUGCCUUCGAACUUGUCGGGAGGCCGGAACCCCAGCCUGGACUACGGUUUCAAGGGGGCCGAAAUCGCGAUGGCUUCAUACUGUUCCGAACUUCAAUUCCUCGGCAACCCUGUUACCAACCAUGUGCAAAGUGCCGAGCAACACAACCAAGAUGUGAACUCUUUAGGGUUAAUCUCAGCAAGAAAAACAGCCGAAGCUGUCGACAUAUUGAAGCUCAUGUCAUCAAGUUUCUUGGUAGCCCUCAGCCAAGCCAUUGACUUGAGGCACUUGGAAGAGAAUUUGAAGAACACUGUGAAGAACACAGUUAGCCAAGUGGCUAAACGAGUCCUAACAAUGGGAUCCAACGGCGAACUUCACCUGUCCAGAUUCUGCGAAAAGGACCUUCUACGAGUCGUCGAUCGCGAGCAUCUAUAUGCCUAUGUCGACGACCCCUGCAGUCCGAAUUACGCAUUAAUUCAAAAGCUGAGACAAGUACUAGUAGACCAUGCAUUGAUGAACGGCGAGAAAGAACUGGACUCCACCACUUCGAUCUUCCAAAAGAUCGGCGCAUUCGAAGAAGAGUUGAAAGCACAUCUGCCUAAAGAAGUCGAGAACGCUAGGACGGAAUUCGAGAACGGGAAUCACGCUAUCCCGAACAAGAUCAAAGAAUGCAGGUCGUACCCAUUGUACAAGUUCGUGAGGGAUGUCCUGGGGACUAGUUUGUUGACAGGCGAGAAGACGAUCUCACCGGGAGAAGAAUGUGACAAGGUUUUCACGGCGAUGUGUGAAGGGAAGUUGAUUGAUCCAUUGCUGGAUUGCUUGAAAGACUGGAACGGUGCACCUUUGCCUAUAUGCUAAACAAGGGAGUGUGUUUUUUUCUUCCAUUUUCUCAAGGUUUGAAAAACUGUGACAAACUUAACUGUUUUAUAAGUUAUUUAAUUUGUGCUCAUAGUUUGUUUUAUUUCCCUAUGGAAAGUUUGUGAAAAAACAAGAACCGAUUGAUGUUUUAA